AUGGAAGACUGGACAAGGAUUGGUCCAUUGGAUUCGCCAACGAAGUUCCCUGCAUUUCAACAAUUUUUCCCAAACAACGACGAGGUCGAGGACUCCAGCGGCAAGGAACGAAUGGAAAAGAAGCGAAAGCGCACGACAACAGAAAAGGAGGCAUUUAACUGGCUUUUGCGUAUGCCUCGUCUCAAUCAAGAAGUGGAUCACUUUAUAGCAGCUGGAAAACUAAGUCAUCCCUCUAAGCCUGUACGCAUCGCGAUUCUGGAUACUGGCUACGACAGCAAUGCUCCAUGCUUUUUCGUGCCAAACGUUAUGUCACGGAUGAAAGGAUGGAAAGACUUUGUUGAUUGGUGUGGCGAAGCUGAGGAUUGCCACGGACAUGGCACGCAUCUAUAUCCUGAAGUGCGCGCCUCAUGCCGAAUUAUAUGUUGCUCGCGUCGCAAAGACCCCGAAUCAAUUGCUAACCUCUAG